CCAUGGACCUCAGGGUGGGAGAGCGGGGGAUGCGCCCCGGCUCCGACACGGCGCUCCUCAGUCCGCUGCACCCGCCGCUGCUUCUCAGCCCGUUCUCCCCGCCGGCCCGCACCUCCUUCUCCCAGCAGCAGCUGCAGCAGCACAUCCGGUUCAAUAUGGAGCAGAGGCGACGUGAACAGGAACACCAGGAGAAGCAUCAAGAACUGCAGCAGCUAAAAAACAAGGACAAGAGCCAACAAAGUGCAGUGGCCAGUUCACUGGUGAAACAGAAGCUCCAGCAGGUCAUCUUGAAGAAGCAGAAGCAGGCGGCACUGGAAAGAACCAGCUCCAACCCUUUGGCUGUAACGCCAGUGGCAUACAGAAAACUGGGCCCAGACCCGAAUGUUCCGUCCCAACCUCUGGUCUCCUCUCCGUCACAGCCUUCCUCUGAGGGCUCAGAAAGAACGCCACUACGCCGGGCAGCGUCUGAGCCCAAUCUGAAAGUCAAGCACAAGCUCAAGAAGCAUCUCAACACCCGAAAGAGCCCGCUCACCCGCAAAGAGAGCGCCCCGCCCACUGUCAGACACAGAGUACCUGAUACACUGGACUCCUCACCCAGCAGCAGCAGCACUCCAGCCUCAGGCUGCAGCUCGCCUAAUGACACUUUUCCCAAUGAAAACGGGCUGCUGCCAUCUGCAGGCGGACUCUCGCAUGAGGCACAGAAGCUGCUGCUCAGAGACGGCACGCUGGCUAACUUCACCAUCCAGAGUCCUUCCACCCUGCCCACCAUCACACUGGGACUACCAGCCAAUGCCAGGGUUGAAGGAGAGCUGUCCCCUCUGAAAGUGGGUGGAGUGCCCAUGGUCGCAGCCGGGACCCCACAGGUGUGGUUGCCCCUGAGCAGAGAGGAUCAGCUCAGCCCUCGCCUCCCUGUUAUCAUCCUGGAGCCCUCCGGACUGGUGCAUGCUCCGCUCCUCUCUGUGCCGGGCCUCGAGUCUGUGCCGCUGCAGUUCGCCUCGCACUUGGACCAGCUGUCCCCGGGGGGCGCUCAGGUCCACAAGCCCCUGAGCCGGACGCGCUCGGAGCCCCUGCCGCAGAGCACGAGGGCCCUCCACACGCACCUGCUCCAGCAGCACCACAACACGCAGCUGCUGGAGAGAUUACAACAGCAGACUCACCUUGGCAAGCUCAUGUCCAAAUCCAGCGAGAAGCCCAGACUCCACCAGAUCCCCUCUGAGGACAUGGACUCGGAGGACGGCGGGGGGACGUCGCCGUCAGAGCCGGGCUAUCCAAGCAGAGGGAGGGCUGAUUCCAUCAGGGAGGCGGAGCCAGCAUCUUCAACAGGAUCCAGUAACCAAGAGCAGCUCAACUUACAACACGCACUCAUACUCAACCAGUCUUUGCUAUGGGAGCAGCAGAAGCAGCUGCAACAGUUGCACCGACAAAUGGAGACCCUGGCCGUCCCGAUGCUACGUAGCGGUGGAAGCGGUGGCGUUGGCGGCGCUCUGGGCGUGCACCGCCCCCUGUCGCGUACGCAGUCCUCACCGGCCUCCACGUCUCUCACCCUGCCCGAAAAACCUCUGAGCCUGACCGGGCAGGAAGCGAGCAGCAAACCACGCUUCACCACUGGCUUGGUGUAUGACUCCCAGAUGCUGAAGCACCAGUGUACAUGUGGAGACAACAGCAGUCACCCCGAGCAUGCUGGGAGAAUACAGAGCAUCUGGUCCCGACUACAAGAGCGAGGCCUGAGGGGCCAGUGUGAGAGCAUUCGCGGCCGUAAGGCCACCUUGGAAGAGCUGCAGUCCGUCCACAGUGAGCGCCACGUUCUGCUCUACGGCACCAACCCGCUCAACCGGCUCAAACUGGAUAACCGCAAACUGGCAGGAAUCCUCUCUCAGAGGAUGUUUGUUAUGCUGCCAUGCGGAGGUGUCGGGGUGGACAACGACACCAUCUGGAACGAGUCGCACACGUCCACGGCGUCGCGCAUGGCUGCCGGCAGUGUUGUCGAGCUGGCGGUCAGAGUGGCCAAGGGGGAGCUCAAGAACGGCUUUGCUGUGGUCAGACCACCAGGGCACCAUGCUGACCCUUCCAACCCAAUGGGCUUCUGCUACUUUAACUCCGUGGCCAUCGCUGCCAAACAGCUCCAGCAGAAGCUCAGCGUCAGCAAAAUACUCAUUGUGGAUUGGGAUGUUCACCACGGUAACGGCACCCAGGAGGUUUUCUACAAUGACCCCAGCGUCCUCUACCUGUCGCUUCACCGCUACGACCACGGCAACUUCUUUCCUGGCAGCGGCUCACCGGCGGAGGUGGGGUCUGGCGCCGGGGAGGGCUUCAACGUGAACGUGGCGUGGACGGGAGGACUGGAGCCUCCCAUGGGGGACGCGGAGUACCUUGCAGCGUUCAGGACCGUGGUGAUGCCCAUCGCCCAGGAGUUUUCCCCGGACGUGGUUCUGGUCUCAGCAGGUUUUGACGCUGCCGAGGGCAACCCUGCGCCUCUAGGAGGCUACAAGGUGUCUGCCAAAUGUUUCAGCUUUCUGACCCGCCAGUUGAUGUCCCUAGCAGGGGGUCGCCUGGUUUUGUCGCUGGAGGGCGGUCACGACCUCACCGCGAUCUGCGACGCGUCCGAGGCUUGCGUCAGCGCGCUGCUCGGUGCACAGGAUUCGCUGUCAGAGGAGGUGCUGUUGCAGAAACCCAACGCUAACGCCGUCCACUCCCUGCAGACGGUCAUACAAAUACAAAGUGAAUACUGGCCGAGUGUGAAGACUUGCAGCAGCUCAGUGGGUGUCUCCUACCUGCUCGCCCAGACUGGAGACUGCGAGGAAGCAGAUGCUGUAAACGCUCUGGCCUCGCUCUCAGUGGGAGUUCUUUCCACCGAGAGCCUUCCAGAUGAGCCAAUGGAGCAUGACAGCGACUCCAUGUGACCCCCCCCCCUCACCACCUCGCUCAGCUCACCUUCAGGAAACGAGGCGGGGGCCCCCACUCGGGGCCCCUGGACCUCCAGCACUGCUCGCAAAGCUUCCAUCCGCCCGUCUGCCUUAUCCCGUACGUCUGACGAUGUCAUACAAGCGCCUCAAAGCUGGGAACCAUUCAGCGGUAACCUCACCAAACCUCACCAAAGAGCAAUACGAGAUGUCGUUGUCAUGUCGACGGACUUUUUGACUGACAAGGAGUUGUGCCUUUCUUACGGCACGACAAUGUUUGUCCCGGAAGCACAACGUUGCAGGUGCUGUCUUAACUUUGCCUUCACUUUAGGACCAACCACUUUGGAAUCCUUCCUUCUAUGCCACUUUGCCUCCCCAAAACAAAUCCCAUUUUUGAAGCAACCCUGACAGGUGAAAGCACACACACACACACACACACACACACACACACACACACACACACACACACACACACACACACACACACACACACACACACACACACACACACACACAAUGUAGAAAA